GGAGGCCAGGAACAACUGGUUGAGGCCAUUUGGUUUGUUUAAGAGAACAAGAAAUGUUCUUCUUGUCACCAUAAAGUGAAUUACCAUCACCUACUGAGUUGGAGCGCGGAGAAAAGAGACAGGAAGUAUACCCAAUAAAUUCUAACCCCAAAAAAUAUUCAAAUAAUAUUGAAAAGUUUAAUGCUUUUCAGAAAGUCAAAUAUGCACUUCUAUUCAUUACAAUGACAAUGAUAUCCUUACAAAUGUUUCAUGUUAAAAUGUGUCUGUCCCAAAGAUCUCAAUUUAGCAAUUAGAUGUUUUCUUUGCACUUCAUAAGAAUUCCAUUCAAUGGAUGCUGCACUGUUUGUAGAUAUGUGCACUCCCUAAUGCUAGUAUAAUGCAUUCUGAACAAGGAAUUAUUCAACCUAGUAUGUCUAAUACAUAAAUGUGAGGAUAUCUUCUUCCCUCCUUUUAUACCCAUCUCCCAGAUGAGUUUUCACCAUCCUCUGAAUUUUAUAUAAAUGUCGUCCUUCCUUUUCCUUAUCCCAACUUUGUUGCCACGGUGAUUGAAUGGACUUUCUAAUUAUGUCGUUCAUCUCUCCCUUAAGCAACGGCACUACUACAUUUACAUCUUUAAUUUUAAGUGAUUACUUGAAAAGAGUGUCUGCUACCUAAUUUCAUUUACCCCCAACAUGGGCAGGGAGCCAUGAGAAAUGUAUACACAAGCCCAGACCCUGCAGCCUCAACAGAUGUUCCCCAAUCUCCAGAACAAUGCCUGGCUACAAUUUGAAAUACCUGUUUUGAUAGAUGUUAAGACUGAGGAUUAAUCAGAGCACAAAAGUACAUAAUCAGGGUAUACUUCUUCGAUCCAUUCCAAGGCUAAAAUGAUAGCAACUAUCUCAAAGGUUUCAAAGUUACAUUUAAUGUCAGAGAAAUGUAUACAAUAUACAUCCUGAAAUUCUUUUUCUUCACAAACAUCCAUGAAAACAGAGUGCACCCAAAGAAUGAAUGACAGUUAAAUGUUAGAACCCUAAAGCUCCCCCUCCCAUGCAUAAACAGCAACAAAUUAAUGACCCCCCACCCCCACCAGCAAAAAAGCAUCAGCACCCUGCACCAAGCACUGAAGCGUGCAGCAAAGCGUCAAUAAAGACACAGACUUGCAGAACCCCAAAGGCUACUCAUUCACCCGGUAAUUCAACAUACCACAGGCUCUCUCUUUCUCUCCCUAAUAAGGGAAAAAGAAGUGUCCCCAUUUCACAGCGAGAGGGGAGACAUAACAAAACAACUUGCUGAUUUAUGGUGUUAAAAGUCUGUUGCGUUGCUUUUUCCGAGCUCUGUGCCCAAAGAACUCGGGUCUCUGGGCACACAGCCAGCAGCCAGUAGCUGCUUUCAAUCUUCCGUGUACUCCCACGACACACCAAGAUCCUGCAGAGGCACCGACCUCGAGUCCGCCCGCUUCCAGAGCCACGAAAUCAUUUAACCCCAAAGGCUGUUUCUGAAGAUGUAAGCAAAGGAGUCGCCGUUAGGCGCCAUCGUCUCCUAAGCGCCACCCCACACAUCAAACGUGAAUACUGAUACUUCAUCUGAUAAUCUUUUCUUAAUAGUCACCUGAAACUUUGGAACAUAAACAGAAACACCUGAACGACCUGGUCACUGGAUCCCUUGAACCAUCUGUAUAGAUAUGUGAGAAGCCAUAAUAUUUGCCUUGUAUAUAUUACUGAACUUUCAGUGCCACCGAUACACAAUCACUCCUCAUCUUGAUCUUUUCUUGAAGCCCCAAAUCAACGACAGGCAAAGAAAAAACUGUGGAAGGGUGACAGAAAGGGCUAUAUUCCACAUUAAACAAUCCAAGAUUUUGUGACCAUUCACUUCCAUCCACCCAAAACUGAAAACCUUAUGAAUACAGUGCUCCCAACACAAAUAUUGGAUAACCAACUUCAUGUCCACUUACAUUAACCCAAUAAACCAUUGUUAACUAUAACCUAUGUAAGAUGUAAAGGUACUUCACCCACUUUCAAAGUUCAAAGUAAAUGCUAUUAUCAAAGUACAUAUGUAUCACCAUAUACAACCAUGAGAUUUAUUUUCAAUAAAUCUAUAAAAUAAUAACCAUAACAAAAUCAAUGAAAGACCACCCAGAAGACAACAAACUGUGCAAAUACAAAAAGAAGAAAUAGUAAUGAUAAAUAAGCAAUAAAUAUCAAGAACAUGAGAUGAACUGUCCUUGAAAGUGGGUCCAUAGGUUGUGGGAACAGUUCAGUGAUGGGGUGAGUAAAGCUGAGUGAAGUUAUUCCCUUUGGAUCAAGAGCCUGAUGUUUGAGGGGUAGUAACUCUUCCUGAACCUAGUGGCAGUGUUGGACCUGAAGCUUUUGUACUUUCUUCCUGGUGGCAGCAGCGAGAAGAGAGCAUGUCCUGGGUGGGGGGUCCCUGAUGAUGGAUGCUGCUUUUUUACGACAACACUUCAUGUUGAUGUACUCAGUGGUGCGGAGGGCUUUACCUGUGCUAGACUGGGCCGUAUCCACUAUUUUUUUAUAGGAUUUUCCGUUCAAGGGCAUUGGUGUUUCCAUACCAGGCUGUGAUGCAGCCAGUCAAUAUCCUCUCCACAACACACCUAUAGAAGUUUGUCAAAGUUUUAGAUGUCAUUAUGAAUCUCCACAAACUCCUAAGAAAGUAGAGGCACUGUUGUGCUUUCUUCAAAAUUGCACUUACGUGCUGGGUUGAGGACAGUUCCUCGGAAAUAAUAACACCAAGGAAUUUAAAGUUGCUGACCAUCGCCAUCUCUGAUCUUCCAGUGAGGACUGGCACAUGGAUCUUUGGUUUCCUCCUCCUGAAGUCGAUAGUCAACUCCUCAGUCUUGCUGACAUUGAGUAUGGUACCACCCAGCCAGAUUGUCAAUCUCCCUCCUAUAUAGGAAUUAGUCACCAAUUUUGAUUUGGCCUGUGACAGUGGUGUCAUCAGCAAAUUUGAAUAUGACAUUGGAGCUGUGCUUGGCCAAACAGUCAUUAGUGUAAAGUGAGUAGAGCAGGGGGCUAAACACACGGCCUGGUGGCGCACCUGUGCUGAUGGAAAUCGUAGAGGAGAUAUUGUUGGCAAUCCAAACUGACUGAGGUCUUCAAAUGAGGAAAUCCUGGAUUCAAUUGUACAAGGAGGUAUUAAGGCCAGGGUCUGGGAGCUUACUGGUUAAGUUUUGAGGGGAUGAUAGUGUUGAAUGCUGAGCUAUAGUCGAUAAAGAGCAUCCUGAUGUAUGCAUUAUUGGUGUCCAGAUGUUCCAGGGUUGAGUGAAGAGCCAAUGAAAUGGUAUCUACUGUGGACCUGUUGUAACAGUAGGCAAAUUGGAGCAGAUCUAAGUCACUUCCCAGGAAGGAAUGGAUAUGUUUCAUCACCAACAUCUCAAAACUCUUCAUAAUUUCUACCAGUAAUGCUGAAUUGAGGAUGAUUUAAUAGCAUGACAACAAUCUCAAUGCUUGAUCUUAAAUUUCAACUAAGGGCAUUAACAACUCUGGUGAGGCUGACCCAAAAGCAACACAUCCACAAUCAAAGACAGACCUGAUUAAAGCAAUACAUGUUUGUUUAAGUGACCUCCUGCUCACAUCCCAUUCACACCCAACAAGAUAUUUGAUCACUUUAAAGACUUUAAAAUGUUAUUCACAUGCACCUUCCAUGUUAGCCUUGUGUUCAUCCACAUAUGUAGAAACUUUGCUACUCCCUCUCAUUUAAGAAAUUUACCAUAUCAUUUGGGGUUAAUUGUGGGCGUAACGUUCCUUUUGGGAAAGCAAAUAACUUGAACCUUUGCAACAGAGUAUGCAAAUCUUCAUCAAUUUCUCUACUUCAUCAAGAGCUGUCUACAUUUUCCUUACUAUAUAACUUAUAUUCCUGCCUCUCAUCCACACUGCAUAUAAUGAUUUGGAAAUGUCUGAGCCAACAUUUUAAAAAAUAUCAUUCAUUAACCUCUGUGGUUAAUCAUAUUAUUAACCCCUAUGGAAUCCCAUUCUCUAUCUCAUACUCUUCAGAAUGUUCUUCCCACCCUAACUUGUAUCUUCCUAUCACAUAAAUAAUCUUCAAUCCAAUUGAACUUUCUGCCACCUUUUCCUAUCUUUUCCAAUUUAAGCAGCAACUCUUGUGUCCAUGACACAUCAUAAGUUUUCUCAACAUCAAUGAAAACUGCUACCACUGAUUCUUUAUCAACUUGGGCCUUGUGAAUAUCAGAUUCUAAAUUUAACACCAAGUCCAUGGUCAUUCUCCCUUUAUGAAAUCCAGAUUGGUAUACAGCUAAUUUUCCACAAAGUAAGAAUGUCUUGCUUUAACUAUCCAUUCCAUUAUCUUACAUAUAGCCCUUUAAGUUCAGGCAAUGUAAAUCCAAUAUCCAAGCAGGAACUGGAACAUUCUUUUUUCUCAGCAAUCUGAGGGUUGCUUGCCAAAACUGUUUCUCUAUAAGACCUCUCUUCUAAAUUGGCUGAACUAUGUACACUAACAUAUGGUUUUGCUAAUAACUCUGCUUUUUCAGAGUCAGUAACUGCAACUUUCUCCCCACCAUACAAAACUGGUAAUGCAUCAAGUUUUCUCACCCCCCCACCCCCCUUUUCUAUGUCAUACCCUAACUUCCCCUACCUGGCUCUCUUUCCCAAUGCUAUCACAGUACAUUCUCCAAUACAUUUUCUUUAUCCUUCUCACUACUUUUCUUGAGCCUUUUUAUAUUGUAUGAAAGAUGAAUAACUUCCACUGCCUAACUUUCCUAAAAGCUUUAUUCUGCUCCUUCACAGCUCUUCUGCAUUCAUCCAUCCACCAGGGAACAGCUCUUCUUUUAUUAUCCCCCAACGAUCUGGGAAUUGAUUCCUGAGCUAUUCAGUGUCACUGAGGUAUUAAUGUAUUAUUACUCAACUCAAUAUCCUCCAAAACCAAAUGAUCAGGAUAUCUACUUUUGCAUAAAUCAUCAAAUGCAGCCCAAUUGGCCUUUUUGAAAUUCCAUCUGGGGAUAUGAGAACGUUCCUUCUAAUACACAGCUAUUCCCAUUGUACAGAUAAUGGGGAAAUGAAACUCCCCACUGCUGUAUCAUUAUACACUUCCCAGUUACACAUCCUUGCUAUACCCUCAGAUACCGUUGUAAGGUCUAUAGCAGAAACAAAGUUGUUACAUAGAUUUAUCCUUGUACUCCCAUCACCAUUCAAGCACACCAAACACUUUUCCUCCAGUAAAUCUUCCACCACUGUCCCAUUCCCAACCCCGCACAGUACACCGAGCAUUAAAAUCCCCACACCAAUAUGACCUUACUUUUCCCAUUUCCACCCACACUUCAUAAAAUAUCAGGCAUUAACUUUACACAAGGGUUAUUAAAAAAAAUUAGCUGUGCUUUAUUAUUCUUUCCCCAAAUUACAACCCCAAUUGACUUAAUUCUGUGUACUGUCCAAUUUUUGAUAAAGGUAGCCUCUCGUCCUCCAUUGCCCAUUUUCCAAUCACGUUUUAUAUCAACGUAUCUUAACACUUAGACAAGAAUUCAGCCAGGUUUUCUGUACAUAUAACAUCAGGUUUACUUGGUAAAUUUUCAAUAUCUAUUUCUUAAAUUCUUGACCUUUAUCUAACAGGAUUUUAGCAUUUCAUUGUAAGAUUAGGAAAACCAUUAACAACCCUCCUUUGAAGACUGAAUGUUAUUGACUCCUCCUUGUAAAUCGGGCACCACUAAUAAUUUCUAGAGUUAAGUCUUUUAUUUCUAGAUGUUUUUCUGCUACUUUUAAUUUUAAUUUUUUUCUGCCCUACUUGUAGUUUGUGCUCUACAAUUUACCACAUCUGCCAUAAAAGUGACAAACAUUAGUUUAUCAACAAUCAGAGAACCCUAUGUUAUACAAUCAUGGACUUUACACAUUGUAUUUGAACUAUCUGUAUUCUGGAUAUUAAUAAGACCCAUUGACACUGUCUUCUGUAUUUUCUGCAGAGCUGCUGCAUAUGAAAUGCCCAUUUCCACCUAAGCAUGCUGCACUUCCACAGCUUUCUUAUAUACUGGACAUCCUGCAUAAGCAGAGCUAAGUUCCUCUCCACAAUUGCUAUGUUUUGUCUUUAUGGCUUCUCCACAAUUGCCAUAAUUACAUUCGCCACCACAUCUACCACACUGCUUUUGACCCUUACACACAGCUGCUACACGGCCAAACUUCUGGCAUUGGAAAAAUCUCAGAGGAGGCAGCACAGACUUGAACCAUAUAACUCAUAAGAUAAACUAAUACUAUCCAGCAAAUUUUUUCAAUCAAAUGUAAUCAACACCGAUAAGCCAUCUAUUAAACCUCCACCACAAAAUCCUUUUAAACAUUUAAUGUCCUCAACUUUUCCUGACUUAGCUAUUAUUAACUUGGUCCAUGAAUACAACUGGAAGCACUCCUCUAAUUACACCGCAAAGCCUCUGUCAUUCAAUAUAACUCUUCGGUGUUACUUCCCUUCCUCCCACAGCUUUUAACUUCAAAGCUUUCUCAUAUUGCUUACUAACUUUACAAAAUAGUUUAAGAGUGCCCCAUCUGAAAGAUUUUGCACCGACAAUAUUUCCUAAUGCUUUUUUUCAAAUCCUUAGUUAGUCUAAUUGGAUUGAUAUCAGAAACAGGUCCACAUUCAAAACUCAACAAAACUCUUCCUUCUUUUAUUUAAAUCCUGUCUGUUUGCCUUCAUCACUGGACGAUAAGCCACUACAAUUCUCCAUUUCCAUUUCCAAGAAAACCACCAUUCACCUUCCUCCAUACAACUGAUAUCACCCAAUACCACCUCCCAUUUGCUACGUCCACCUUCACCGUCACUUCCUGCCAUCUUUACCUCCCUUCCUGCCCGAAUGUAACUUCCAACAUCAGGAUCAGUCCUUUGAUCCAAUUCCAAUCAACAGCUACGUUAUUUACCCUCGAGCACUCGCCACCCCGUAUUUGAGGUCAUCAGCGAAGAAGGACUGUUCAUGAGAGCUGGGUUGCAGGUGAUAAUUUGGAAACGAGUGGUAGGUGACUCCUGGUAGCAGGGUGGAGACUGGGACGUGCCUGCACGUGCAGGCCUGACUCGAUCCCACACCCUGUCCUAUGGCCAGCACCCGAAGGCCCAGAACGAUCCAGGUGGGUCGGAUGGAAUUCCUCGAUGAGCAAUGGAUCUGAGAUAAAAGAGGAUGGUGCCCAAAACGUCACCUCAAGGCUGUACCCAUCCCAGUCGACCAGGUACUGCACACCCCAUCCACAAUGCCAUGAAUCCAUCAAUGGGGGAACCCUGUACACUGGAACACCCUCCACCAUCCUUUGUUCCAGAGGUUCAGGCUCAGGGGCAGAUGCGAAGGCCAAUGACCCCCCUCGAGGCAGAACCGCACAAGAGUGGGUACUGCCCACUGGGAGGUUUGAAGAUUCUCUCCAAACCAAGCAGCCGCUGGGGCAGCCCUAUGCCAAACAAGUUGAGGUUGGAUAUGCUCCGGAAUGGUCAAAUCACGGAGAACUGUCUGUGAAGGGAAAGACAUCAGAGAAGAUUACCGAUCAACUGAAAUCCAUGCUGAGAAUAAAAGUUCCAUUCAAUCCAGAAAAGGGUGACGUGCUGGACUACGCAGUCAAGAUAACCACCAAUCUAUUCAUUGCCACCACCUGCAUGAACAAUUGUCCAACAAGCCCCCCAGUUGUUGGAACACACCAAGAUGCAGUGACCAAAAUAAGGAAGUGUUUCUCUCUGACUCAGGUGUCUGAAACUCUUCAACAAAGCAAACAUGUGGAAGAACCUGGUGGAGUCAUAACCCCUCCCGUCUACUCUGAGAAGAGAAAUGGAGCAAGGCCAAAGCAGAGGCCCCAGUCAAUCAGCUCUAAAGCUGCUAGAGCUCAUCCAAUUGAUUUUCCCUCCCUGCCUUUGCCCAUCAGGAAUUGUGCUGUGCCCACCAGCUGCAUUCCCCAGAUUGAGCUCAUCAAUGCUUCACCUCCCACAUAUGAAAGAGAGGGAAAGCAAUUGUCAAAAAACAAGAAUUUACUCACUCUUCCAAAAUGGAAGUACCAGCAAAUGAGGGAAGACAGAAAAGCAGCCAAGGCUGUGAAAAAUCAACUGAUGGAAAAGAAUAAGAGAGCACAGGAGUACAGCAUUAUGUCAUAGGGCCAUUGGGUUAUAACACAGAGGCAGGCUUUUCUGCCCUCCUAGUCUGUGCUCAACUAUUAUUUAGCCUAGUCCCAUCAACCUGCACCUGGACCAUAGCACUCCAUACUUCUCUCAUCCAUGUAGAACAUAAGACAUAGGAGCAGAAUUAGGCCAUUCGCUUAAAUGUUGCAUUCAAGCCCUCAUCCAGCACUUCUGCUGGCAGUAUGAUCCAAACGGAGUGAAGAUCCCCCUCAGUUUCUGGUUAAGUAUUUCACAUUUCACCCUUAACCUAUGACCUCUAGCUCUAUUUUCUGUACUCUUUCAAUCUUAUUGAUAUCUUUCCUGUAGGUAGGUGACUAGAAAUACAUACAAUAUUCCAAAUUAGGCGUCACCAAUGUCUUAUACAAAUUUAACAUAACAUCCCAAAUCUUCUGCUCAGUACUUUAAUUUAUGAAGGCUAAUGUGCCAAAUGCACUCUUUAUGACCCUAUUUACCUGUGACAUUACUUUUAAGGAAUUAUAGGCCUGUAUUCCCAGAUCCCUCCUGUUCACUGUGUAAGACCUACACUGAUUGGUCCUACCAAAGUGUAACUUGUUUGUAUUAAAUUCCACCUGCUGUUCCUCUGGCUCGUUCAUAUCCCGCUGAAAGCUUUGAUAGCCUUCCUCGUUGUCCACUGUACCCCCAAUCUUGGUGUCAUCCGCAAAUUUGCUGGUCCAGUUUAUCAUAUUAUCAUCCAGAUUGUUAAUAUAGAUGAGAAACAACACAACCCAGCAAUGUUCCCUGCACCGUACCACCAAUGUGUGAAGACAAGACACCUGCUGAUGUUUAUCAAGCACUUUCUGAACUUUGGUGAAAUGACAAAUCCUUCUCUUUGAGUUUUCACCAUUUAGUAGAACACUGACUGUUGCUGCUUCUAGAUGUGCUUCAAUGUAAGAAACAUUGUGUGCCACCAGAUAUGUAGCUUGAUAUAUUUGCAGAAACAAACCAGGGAGAUGGGUUCAAAGGUUUCUCCAUCUUGUGUAGGAGGUUGUAAGCAAUGAAUGCAAACAGCACCCUGGCAAAGAUGAUGGUCUCAAGCCCAAUCUAAAGAUCUAACUGAAACCUCUAUCCAAACUUCUGCAGAAUGUGAUGGAGAAUGAGUUGAACCAAUUACCUCAAUAAUAUACAGAAAGGUUUGGGGAUGGGCCAAGGUAGAAAGAUUGUGCAGAUCUGGAGUCUAAAUCUAAAUCCAAAGCCAUGAGGGUGUAAGACUUUCAUUCUGGCAGGUCAGUGUUAUACACAAGGGAUGUUGUUCCAGCACAGAAGCUGGGACUCAAGCCAAGUCUGACUGCUUGAGACUUCUCUUCAAUAUGAAUCUAUUACGUGUGCUCCUCAAUGAGGAGCAGCAGGUUCGAUAAGAAUGUAUCAGUGCCUUAAAAGCUGUGCCAGGAGGUCAUAUGAGGGAGGGAGGGAGGCACAUAGCUACGUGUUGGGGGCAUUGGUUGGCUGUGAGCAGCCCGAAGUUCUGCCUUCUGUGUCUCUUGAAUGACACCCAAUGGAAAGUAAGGCACAUUGAAUAGCGUUGUGUUUGGCCAUGAACCUCACUCUAAAGAUCCGCACAGGUAGAAAUGUCAGGCGGGCAACCACUGAUAGAUGAUAUGAACAGACGCCUUCAUUAGGAGUAGAGAAAAUGAAUUGUAUUUUUGACAUUGUAUAUUUUUAACAUAUUAUCAUGUGUGGUGUAUCAACGAGCAACAGCAGUAGCAGAUUUUAUCAAUAUUAACAUAUAAAAGGUAUUGUGUGUAAUCGUGUUAGAACGGACAGUGAAGGUAUUUUAUGUUGAGGUUCGUUAUUGAUCAAAAUUCAUUGCUUUAUUUCUGUGAAUGAAUAUAUUUUGUAUAAGUGCAUUGUAUGUUAAGUACAAUAAAAUUAAGACUAAUUACAGGCAAAUGGUUCCAAGGC